CCUCCCGCCCAUGGACGCGUCCGCAUCGCCCGUGGUUCCGCUGCCGGCCGUGCCUGCCGUGCGGCUGGUGGUGCGCACGCUGGGCGGAGAUGUCCUGGCGGAGCCCCAAGUGGAGCUGAGUUGGUCGGUGUGGGAGCUGAAGAGGGCGCUGUUCUCAGCCGGCGCGCCGGCGAUCGCGCGCCAGAAGCUUCUGCUGGAGGAGAGGCCGCUGGCGGACUCCGAGACCCUCGCGGCGGCGGGGCUGUCUGAUGGCGCCCAGCUCCUGUGCCUCUGCGUCCCCACGCCGGACGGCAAAAAUAUGGUGCAAGCCGUCGUGCGAUGCCGGUCUAUGAGCGAAGAGGAGGUGGCUCGAGGCUGCCGCAGAGUGCUGACGUUGGACCCGGCGACCAACAGCGCACGGCUGCACAAAGAUGAGGAGGAAAACUCCUUCAGCUUUUACAAGGUCCUGGAGCAGCACUCGGAGCUCGACGAGCUUGGCCAAAAGUUGGUGCAGAACGUGGUGGAAGGCUACAGCAGCACGGUCUUCGCCUUCGGCACCACCGGAUCUGGAAAGUCCUCAAGCCUAUGGGGCGAGAAGGAAGAGGAGGGCCUCGCCCUGGCGUGGGGCAGGCAGCUGCUGGAGCCGCGCUCGGCGCGGCUCCAGCCGCGCGGGGCGCGCUUUUGCUGCUCCCUGCUGGAGAUCCGCUCCAGCACCACGGACCUACUGGCGGAGGCAGACAGCGCGGUGGUACAGCUCCGCGCCGAGAAAGGCGCCGAUGGAUCGUCGGUGGUCGCGAAGGAUGUCACCUCUGUGGAAGUGAAGACCUUGGAGGAGAUGAAGGUGGUCUUGGGUUUUGGCCUCCGGCGCUCCACUCAGCGGCGGAAGGAGUUUCCCGGGCCCUACGGCGACGCGGAUCUCAUCUUCAGCCUUACGGUGGAGACUGUGGAGGAAGGCCAGCCUUGCAUCCGGAGCCUGCAAUUUGCAGAAUGCAGAGGCGCUGGGCGAGUGGUGUCAGCUGGAUGUGCCCGUUGCAUGAAGGAGGCGGCGUCCUACGCUGCUGCGCAGAGCUCCAUGAUGCAAGUGGUGCACAGCCUGGCCUCUCCUCGCAGAGGACCCCAUGUGCCAUACCGGAACUCACGGCUGGCCUUUCUUUUGAAGGAUUCCCUGGGCGGCCCCACGAAGACUCUGUGGCUGAGCCACGUGACGCCCACUGACGCAGAUUACAAGGAAACCUUGUCCACGCUCCGCUACACCUCCAACGUGGGGAGAAUCGAGAACCCCCCGCUGGUCAUGCGCCGCGGGCCGGUGCCGGAUGCCGUGCCCCUCCAGGUGGUGGUGCGCACCAUGGGGGGCGAGGUACUGGCGGAGCCACAGGUAGAUCUGAGGUGGCCAGUGCGGGAGUUGAAGCAGCUGCUAUGGGCCGCCGGCGCGCCGACUUUGGGGCGACAGAAGUUGCUCUUAGAGGAGCAGCAGCUGGAGGACAGCCGGACCCUGGCGGAGAGCGGGGUCAGUGACGGCGCGCACCUCCUGUGCCUUUGUGUCCCCGCGGAGGAGGACGGCAAGAACUUCGUGCGAGCCGCGGUGCGAUGCCGGCCCAUGAGCAAGGAAGAGUUGGCCAACGGAUGCAGCAGAGUUUUGACCAUGGACACCGCGGCUGGCAGCUUGCGCCUUCAGCGGGCGGACCGGCAGGAGGCGAAGUCCUUUACGUUUCACAAGGUCUUCGACGAGAGCUGCGGGCAGCAGCAGCUCUUCAACGAGUUGGGCCCGGACUUGGUGCAGUGCAUCUUGGAAGGCCACGAUGCCACAGUCAUCGCCAUGGGCACAACCGGCUCUGGGAAGUCCGCCAGUCUCUGGGGCGACGAAACGAAUCGCGCUGGCCUGGCGUCGCUCUGCGGGCGGCACCUGCUGGCGGCCGCCCAACGGAGCGGCAGAAGCUGGCGCGUCAGCGGCUCGUGGCUGGACAUCUUCUGCGUCGAGGUCUUCGACCUCCUCGCAGAAGCCGACAGCUUUCUGGAGCUGAGCGAGAUCCACGGGGCGACGGUGGCGGAGGGAGCCACUGCAGUGGAAGUGAAGAACCCGGAGGAGUUGCAGGCCAUCCUGGACUUUGGCCUCCGCCGAAGCCAGGCGCAUAGGGCGGCCCGCGAAGCCGCGCGUGGCUCGGCCACGCCGCUCUACUCGGAUCGCGUCUUCGCGUUGACUGUGGAGACGCUCGACGCGGCAGGAAAAAACACCGAGUUCAUCAGGCGCCUGCUGUUCGUGGAAUGCAAGGGCAGCGAGAGGAUGCAGAAGGUUGGCAAGCACACGCAUAAGGAGGCGAUCUCCUACAGUUCUCUCCUACCUGCGAUUGGGAACGUGGUUUCAAGCCUGGCCGAAGCCAGACCGGGCACGUACGUGCCCUACCGGGAUUCGAAGCUCACGCUUCUGCUGAAGCAGUCGUUGGGAGGCCCCACCAAGACCCUGUGGCUCAGCCACGUGACGCCCACCGAUCUGGCAUAUGAGGAGAGCCUCUCCACCGUCCGCUACGCCGCCCGCGCGGCUCGGAUCGAGAACCCGCCGCUGGCGCGCGGGUCUUGGCCGCCGGUGGCGCCCAUUGCGCUCGCGGCUGCCCCCUGGAUCACGGAUCCGCCCAGCGGAGGGUAUCACGCAGAGUGAGGCCUCAUGCGUCCAUGUUUUCCUCAAAAUGAACGGGCGCCCAGGAAGAAUCUGCCUAUUUGAUGGGCAAAGUCAUCGAUUGGCCAUGUUAGUCCUUUGCUGGGCCCUCCCGUAGUUCAGGCU